UAAAACACCCUGGAGAGAAAAUGGCGGCGGCAGCGGCUUCGGGGCCCCAGCAGCUCUCGGAUGAGGAGCUUUUCUCUCAGCUCCGCCGUUACGGCCUGUCUCCGGGCCCAGUGACGGAGAGCACCCGCCCGGUCUACCUCAAGAAGCUGAAGAAGCUUCGAGAGGAAGAGCAGCAGCAGCACCGGUCCGGGGGCCGCGGCAACAAGACGCGGAACAGUAAUAACAAUAACACCGCAGCCGCCACGGUCGCCGCCGCCGGACCAGCGGCGGCGGCCGUGGGGAUGGGGGUCCGGCCGGUCUCGGGUGACCUCUCCUACUUACGGACCCCUGGGGGCCUGAGCCGAAUCUCGGUCUCGAGUCCGGAGAGCCCCCUGGGAGGGCCCGGGGGCGCCUCAGCCACCCCCGUGGCUGGCAGCAAAGUGCUGCUGGGCUUCAGCUCCGAUGAGUCGGACGUGGAGGCCAGUCCUCGGGACCAGGCGGGCGGCGGCGGGAGGAGAGACCGGGCUGCGCUCCAGUAUCGCGGGCUCAAAGCGCCGCCGGCGCCCCUGGCCGCCAGCGAGGUGACUAACAGCAACUCGGCCGAGCGGAGGAAGCCCCACUCGUGGUGGGGGGCCAGGAGGCCGACGGGUCUGGAGCUGCAGACCCCGUUGGGGAAAGAUGGAGCAGCGGAGGACGAGGAAGAGGAGGGAGAAGACGGGGAGGAGAGGGACCUCGAGGCGGAGGAGCCGCUGUGGGCGAGCCGAGCAGUGAAUGGUAGCCGGCUUCUCCCCUACAGCUGCCGUGAGAACUAUUCGGACUCCGAGGAAGAGGAGGACGACGACGUGGCCACCAGACAGGUAUUAAAGGACGACUCCCUUUCCCGGCAUCGGCCCAGACGGAGCCAUAGUAAGCCUCUCUCUCCGCUGACUGCUAAAUCUGCCGGCAGCCGGCGGGAGACUUCAGUUCAGGAUGGGGGAGGACUCGCGAUGAAUGACAGGGCGGCGGCUGCCGGGAGUCUAGACAGGAGCCGAAACCUCGAAGAGGCAGCGGCGGAGCUGGGAGGAGGGUGCGAUCAAGUGGACUGCAGCCCCAUUCCUAGAUACCGUGUUAGCGCUAAGAAACUGGCCCCUCUCCUGCCCCCACCACUUCCUGACAUGGACUCAACCUUGGAUUCAUCUACAGGCUCCCUUCUUAAAACCAAUAAUCACAUCGGCGGUGGGGCCUUCAGUGUGGACUCCCCCAGGAUUUAUUCCAACAGCCUCCCUCCCAGUCCGGCUGUGGCCGCCCCAACUUCACUCAGGAUCAAUCACGCCAAUCAUACCGGCUCCAAUCAUACCUACCUGAAAAACGCAUACAGCAAACCGAAGCUUUCAGAACCAGAAGAGGAACUUCUCCAGCAGUUUAAACGGGAGGAGGUGUCCCCAGCAGGGAGUUUCAGUGCUCACUACUUGUCAAUGUUUCUCCUUACUGCUGCCUGCUUAUUUUUCCUAAUAUUGGGACUGACUUAUCUAGGAAUGAGAGGAACAGGAGUAUCCGAGGAUGGAGGACUCAUAAAAAACCCCUUUGAUGAAACAUUUGGAAAAAUACAAGAAAGUGAAAAGAAUCUUAUGAUGAGCACAUUAUACAAGCUACAUGAUCGAUUGGCACAGCUUGCAGGAGAUCACGAAUGUGGGAGUUCUAGUCAAAGAACACUUUCUGUCCAAGAGGCAGUUGCAUACUUAAAGGAUUUAGGUCCUGAAUAUGAAGAUAUAUUUAACACCUCAUUGCAGUGGAUUUUAGAAAAUGGGAAAGAUGUUGGAAUAAGGUGUGUUGGUUAUAGCCCUGAGGAAGAACUGAAAAACAUAACUGAUGUGCAGUUUUUACAAUCUACAAGACCACAGAUGUCUUUCUGGUGUCGUUUUCGACGUGCUUUUAUUACUGUAACACACAGGUUAUUGUUGUUAUGCUUGGGUGUAGUGAUGGUUUGUGUUGUUCURCGUUACAUGAAAUAUCGCUGGACAAAAGAGGAGGAGGAAUCAAGGCAGAUGUAUGAUAUGGUGGUAAAGAUAAUAGAUGUUUUGCGAAGUCAUAAUGAAGCUUGCCAGGAGAAUAAGGAUUUACAACCUUACAUGCCUAUUCCUCAUGUGCGAGAUUCCUUAAUACAGCCUCAUGAUAGAAAAAAAAUGAAGAAAGUCUGGGAUAGAGCCGUUGACUUCCUUGCUGCUAAUGAGUCUAGAGUUCGCACGGAAACACGAAGAAUAGGUGGUGCAGAUUUUCUAGUUUGGCGGUGGAUCCAGCCUUCUGCAUCCUGUGAUAAAAUAUUAGUGAUACCUUCUAAAGUAUGGCAAGGUCAAGCAUUUCAUUUAGAUAGAAGAAAUUCACCGCCAAAUAGUUUGACACCGUGUUUAAAGAUUCGAAAUAUGUUUGAUCCAGUUAUGGAAAUAGGGGAUCAGUGGCAUCUGGCAAUUCAAGAAGCAAUUUUAGAAAAAUGCAGUGACAAUGAUGGCAUUGUUCACAUUGCAGUAGACAAAAAUUCACGUGAGGGUUGUGUAUAUGUUAAAUGUCUGUCUCCAGAAUAUGCUGGAAAGGCUUUUAAGGCAUUACAUGGCUCUUGGUUUGAUGGGAAGUUGGUUACAGUAAAAUAUUUACGACUAGAUAGAUAUCACCAUCGCUUUCCCCAAGCUCUUACUUGCAACACUCCCUUGAAGCCAUCAAAUAAACAUAUGAACUCUAUGUCUCAUCUUCGCCUUCGGACUGGCAUAGCCAAUUCUCAAGGAGGUUCCUGAAAGGACUUUCUUCACUCCUAGGACUGUUAUUUACAAUAGGAAAAUUCCUGUUUGGCUUCCUGUCUUCCUUUUUAAAUGCUUUUUUAUGUAAUAUUUUUAUUGCUGAGUACAGCUCUGUUUGAAAGUUCCAGAAAUCUUAAGGUUCCAAAGGGAUUUAGCAGUGAGGCAGCAAUGCUGAGUAUGUAGAAUAAUUGUUUCAUUCAGUUUUAGGAGCUCAGUUAAGCCAGUGCAUUUAAAGUUUUGCAUGAGGAACUUUAUUAAGCAUUUUCAGAUAUGGUGGUUAUAUUUUUGCACCAAGAAGUGUUUGGAUAACCACACAAAAGCAUGGUGAAGAGGCUUCUUGUAUUUCCAUAAUUUCUUGUGAACUAAUGUGAAUUUUUGUAUACAGUCACCUGCAUAAUUCCUUACAAGCUAAUGUGGUAAAACUGUUAAUUUCCCAAUUUAACCUUAGGUUUCUAUUGCUUGUAAGAGAUUUAUUUGCUACAGCUGGAAUAUGGGAAAAUUUAUUUGGUUUUAAUGGUUACAUAUAUGUGUAAGUGGAUGUACAUGUACUUAAACUGGCUUUUGUAAAUAUGUAUAAAUACUGGUGGUGGUGGUGGUGAAAGUAGUCUUGUUUUGUGAGGAUGUCUGCAUAAGCAGUAAAAUAAGCUUUCUAUUUUAUUCGUAAUCUAAUUUGUGUGUGUGUGUGUGUGUGUGUGUGUAUGUAUACACACACACAUAUAUACAUAUGGCUGUACUAUCACAUAGAUCAAACAGCCAAACACCUGGAAGUAUUAGAUACAAGUUUAAAAUAUCUUUUAUAGAUUUUAUAUAAAAAUGUCUGAGUAUGAUUUUGUGUGAAAGUUCUGACACCAGUUGUAAUGGAUUCAAAUUUAUGUGAGCAAUAAAGAAGCAAUUGGCAGAUAUU